CUCUCUCUCUCUCUCUCUCUCCCUCUCCGAAGCAUAACAAAACCCUUCUCUCCCCUCCCUACUCUAUCCGAUCGAAACCUUAAAUAGCAGUAAAGAUCGGUUCUUGCCCUAAAAUAAUCGCAACCGGGGCUCUUACCUCUGGCCCUAGAUUUCCGUGGCUCGAUUAUCCCCUAAUUUUUCUUUUUUCCAAUUCUUUUGCUGAUCCGCGGUUUGGGAGUGGAGUAUCUGCCUUUGGAUCUGCGGUUUUAAUCUGAUUUUGGUUAUACGGUCGCAAUUUGGUUGCGUUUCCGAGCUCACAUGGCUGGAGCGAUUGGUUAGGGUUUCUGUGUUCUCAGGAGAUAGGGCCAUGGGGAGCACUGGAGAGCCGGAUAGGAAGCGGCGCCACUUCAGCUCCAUCUCCCCCACGGCUGGUGCGGCCGCGAAGAAGCAGCCACUCCCUCCUUUUUCGGAGGAUAAGAAGCUUGAUGUUGCUGUGCUUAAAUACAAAAAUCAAAAGCUUGUUGAACAAGUAGAAGCCCAGAAAGUCGAGUACCUUGUUCUUGAGGAUAAAUUGAAUCAGCUAAAAGAGAAACAGAAGACGUACACCGGCACGUUAACCGUGGUUAAUGAGUCUUGGGACCGGCUUGUCAGUGAUUUGGAGUCAAUUUCUGUUUGCACAAGCGGCUCUUCAAAUCAUGGACGUGAUUUAAGGCAUAAUAAUAUACACGACGGAAUUUAA